AUGUCUGGCCCCACCUGGCUCCCCCCGAAGCAGCCGGAGCCGGCCAGGCUUCCCCAGGGAAAAGCACUCCUGCGGAGCAGUCCUGGCCCCUCAGCCCACGGACCAGAGCAAAGUUAUCAGGCCCCAGGCCGACAAGAAGAACGGGGUGCAGUCCUGGGGAGAUGCCCCGGGGCUUCCCAAAGCAUACAGGGGUUUCGGCCAGAUAGGGGAGCCAUUCACCUGGGAAGUCUGGAUGCAGAGAUAGAUUCCCUGACUAGCAUGCUGGCUGACCUGGACAGUAGUAGGGGCCAUGCCCCAUGUCGCCCAGACAGACAGGCAUAUGAGCCCCUUCGACCCCCUCCCCACCGCAUGGGUCAUCUGAAAUCAGGUGGAGGAGUGAACCCUCCACCAAGAGUCCCAGCCCCAUCUUAUGGGGGCCCUACCCCUGCCUCCUAUACCACUGCCAGCACUCCAGUUGGUCCUGCCUUCCCAGUGCAGGUGAAGGUAGCUCAGCCUGUGAGGGGAUAUGGUCAGUCCUGGCGGGGUGUCCCUCAGGCCUCCAGCCCACCCUCAGCUCCUUACCCUCCUUCUACCAGUUGGGCUGAGUCCUGGGGGGGUUCCUAUGGGGGUCACAGAGAGCUCGGAGCCAAAGAGGAGAGUGUUGGAGCCUCUGGUCCAAGAGGAGGAAGAAGAACAGGAGGAUAUACACCCAAGGCUGCUCCCAGUAGGGCACCCCCUGAAGAAGAGCUGGAAAGACUAACCAAGAAGCUGGUGCAUGAUAUGAACCACCCACCCAGUGGGGAAUACUUUGGCCGAUGUGGAGGCUGUGGAGAGGACGUGGUAGGGGAUGGUGCUGGAGUUAUUGCCCUUGACCGUGUCUUCCAUGUUGGUUGCUUUGUCUGCUCCACAUGCCGGGCUCAGCUCCGGGGCCAACACUUCUAUGCAGUGGAGAGGAAGGCAUAUUGUGAAGACUGCUAUGUGGCUACCCUGGAAAAGUGUUCCAUGUGCUCUCAGCCUAUCUUAGACCGGAUCCUACGGGCCAUGGGGAAGGCCUACCACCCUGGCUGUUUUACUUGUGUUGUGUGUCACCAAGGUCUUGAUGGCAUUCCCUUCACAGUGGAUGCCACGAGCCAGAUCCACUGUAUAGAAGACUUCCACAGGAAAUUUGCCCCUCGAUGUUCUGUGUGUGGUGGUGCCAUCAUGCCUGAACCAGGGCAGGAGGAGACUGUGAGGAUUGUGGCCCUUGAUCGAAGUUUCCACAUUGGUUGCUACAAAUGCGAGGAAUGUGGGCUGUUGCUGUCAUCAGAGGGAGAGUGUCAGGGCUGCUACCCCUUGGAUGGUCAUAUCCUGUGCAAGAGCUGUAGUGCUUGGAGAAUACAGGAGCUCUCGGCCACUGUCACCACUGACUGCUGA